CGCGCUAUUAUUUCAAACCCUGAAAUUUUUGACAAUUUUAAAAAAGACUCAUAUAUUAUUAAUUACAGCAGUAAUAAAGAUGGAUUCUCCAAAAAAGGAUGACGUAGUUACUAUGGUUGAUGUUCUAAAUGACGAAAAGGAAUUAGAUGAGGCAACAUCUGCUGUAUUGUCAGGAUCUGAUGAAAAGAUAUGUACUUAUUCUAGUGGAUAUAUAAAACGACAAGCUCUAUAUUCAUGCUUAACAUGCUGUCCGGAAGCAAAAGAUGAUCAAGAAAAAGCUAUCGGAUUAUGUUUAGGUUGCUCUCUCGAUUGCCAUGAUCAUCAUCAACUAGUCGAGCUUUAUACUAAAAGAUCCUUCCGAUGCGAUUGUGGACUGAAGUAUAAUUCAGUUGCUUGUCGAUUAGAUACAUCCAAAAAGAAGAUUUUGGAAACUUCAGCAAGUUCAUCGACAGCAAAUGUUAAUGAACUUAACAAAUACAAUCAGAAUUUUAGCGGAACUUACUGUACAUGCCAUAGACCAUAUCCUGAUGAAGAGGAUACAGUUGAUGACGAAAUGAUACAGUGCAUUGUUUGUGAAGAUUGGUACCAUACCCGACAUCUCAACACAAAAGUCCCUGAUUCAACUACAUAUACCGAAAUGAUCUGUGAAAGCUGUGUUACAAAGAAUGAUUUUCUACUUGACUAUAUUGGAUUGGCUGUUGAAGUUGUGGAUUUAUCACAGAGUGCUGCAGAUACGACUUUAAAUGUCACACAAACAAACGAUUCAAUUAUUGAAGAAAGCUCACCGAAAAGAAUCAAAUUAUCUGACGACGCUUGUACUCGACCGAAUAAUCCAUUAAAUGACAAUGUUGCUAAGGCACUAUUCUUUAAGGAUGCCUGGAGAAAGAGCUUGUGCCAAUGUGAAAAAUGUAUGAAGCUCUAUGAAGAACAAAAAGUCCAGUAUUUAAUUGAUGAGGAAGACACAGUUGUUUUCUAUGAAGAAAAAGGAAAGAAUAAGCCAAAAACAAGCAGUUAUGAUGCAUCCUUAGCUGCAUUAUCCAGUCUUGAUCGUGUCAAUCAAAUUGAUGCCAUCACAUCCUAUAAUCGCAUGAAGGAUAAGCUUUUUGAGUUUUUGCAGACAUUCGUUGUCAAUAAUCAGAUUGUGACUGAAGAAGACGUCAAGAGAUUUUUCCGAACUAUGAAAGAAGGAACUGAUAAUCAGAAUGUUCAUCAACCACAUUUCUGUCGCUAAACUUACACAUUGUUUUCUAUUUUCAUUUACAAUUAAUGAAUCUUUAUAUUCCAUAAUUAUUAAUCAUCACAUUUAAUAUUAAUUUUGUUAUAAUUAACAUGGAUUACAGAACGAUUGAAUAAAAUUUUUGAGUCACUCUCAUUGACGGUAUAUCCUGGUAUAUUCAAUAAAUUUGUUUGCUUAUUAAUUCUGAGGAUACUUUCAUGCUCAAGAAAUCAGAGCACUGUAAUACAAGAGUCAGU